AUGCAGGCUUUCGCGAGACAGAUGCGCCCAGCAGGCAAGCUGCUGAACCAGACCGCGAGACGGUCCUACAGCGCUUCCUCGGCCAGCCCUUACUCCAAGACUAUCGACAACCUGCGCAUCAACUCCGAGACCAAGGUCCUCUUCCAGGGUUUCACCGGCAAGCAGGGAACUUUCCACGCGCAGCAGGCCAUCGACUACGGCACUAAGGUUGUUGGUGGAACGAACCCCAAGAAGGCCGGCCAGGAGCACCUGGGUCUCCCCGUCUUCGGCAACGUCAGCGAGGCCGUCAAGGAGACUGGUGCUACUGCUACCGCCAUCUUCGUCCCUCCCCCUCUGGCUGCCGCCGGUAUCGAGGAGGCCAUCGCUGCCGAGAUCCCCCUUGUCGUCUGCAUCACUGAGGGUAUUCCCCAGCACGACAUGGUCCGCAUCACCAACAUGCUCAAGACUCAAUCCAAGACGCGUCUCGUCGGCCCUAACUGCCCCGGUAUCAUCGCCCCCGGCCAGUGCAAGAUCGGUAUCAUGCCCGGCUUCAUCCACAAGCGCGGCCGUAUCGGUAUUGUCUCCCGUUCCGGCACUCUUACCUACGAGGCCGUCAACCAGACCACCCAGGCCGGCCUUGGCCAGUCUCUCGUCGUCGGUAUCGGCGGUGACCCCUUCAGCGGCACCAACUUCAUCGACUGCCUGAACGUCUUCCUCAAGGACGAGGAGACUGAUGGUAUCAUCAUGAUUGGCGAGAUUGGUGGUUCUGCCGAGGAGGACGCCGCUGACUUCCUCCGCGCCAACAACACCGUCAACGGUGGCAAGCCCGUUGUCUCCUUCAUUGCCGGUAUCUCCGCUCCCCCCGGCCGCCGCAUGGGUCACGCCGGUGCCAUCGUUUCUGGUGGCAAGGGUGGUGCCGACUCCAAGAUCUCUGCCCUCCAGGCCGCUGGUGUCAUUGUCGAGCCCUCUCCCGCCAGUCUCGGCAAGGCCCUGUACGACGAGUUCGUCCGCCGCGACCUUCUGUAA